AAUGUUCAAACUGAAAAACCUUAGCACUUAAGAGUUAUAAAGGCUUCCAUAGCCGCAGUCGCCGCAGUUAUUGGCAGAAAUCUGAAAUCGGUUGCAUAAUUUUGGAAGUCAUUUGAGGAAAAAUAAUUAUGCAUCAUUUAUAUAUUAAAACGAGGGAUUACGUGCUUAUUGACACAGACAUAAGUGAUACGUGCGCGGAUUUAAUUAAACAAGCGUUUGUAAUAUUAUUCUUUGUAUUAUUCUUUGUAUUAUUAAUUAUUGUUAAGAAGAUUAUUAAGACGGUUAUUGAGCUACCAUUUACGAUUAUAAACUAUGGAAUUUGACACUGGAGAGGAUAAUAUUACAAAGGGCAAAGACGAUACGGAAUACGGAGGGUUGAACAGAAAAUCGUCUAACUACUACAGGAAGCUUGCGCAGUGUUCGUGCAACUAUAAUGAGAGCAAGAGGGAAGGUAUUAUAUAUACUUUUAAAGAAGACGAUUCAAAGAAAGUGAAGUUCAUGCUCCAGAAGAAAAUAAAGAUGCUCCUCUGUGAUUGUAAUUUUUGCAUCUUUUUGCUUACAGAAGAUGGAGAGGUAUAUCAUUGGUGGGACCCCGCAAGCUGUAACUGUAUCAUAAAGUAUUAUGCAAACCUGAACGUCGAUUUACGUAACAGAAACAUCGUACAAACUGCAUGUGGUGGCAACUCUACUUUUAUUUUUCAAUUGGAUAAUAAUAUGGUAUACUAUUUCCAAACUUACGACAAACAUUUUCUUUGGCUGAGAAAAAAAAUCAAUGUUUUCCCAAAGAUCACUUGCAUGUCUUGUGGCGACUCUUUUUUUAUAGUACUUAUUGUAGUACUUACUGAGAAAAACAAAUAUACCAACCACCUAUACUCGUGGGGUAAAAAUGAUAAAGGCCAACUGGGUUACAAAUGUGAUAAAAUAUUUACAGAUGAACAUCGUGAGGUUGAAUUCGAAAAUCCUUAUCUGAGAAUAGUUAAGAUAGCCAGUGGAUAUACACAUACACUCGCACUAACUGAUUGUGGACAACUGUUUGUCUGGGGUGGAAAUAUUUUUGGACAAUUGGGUUUGAACCAUACAGAUAAUGUCUUUAAACCUACAUUGAAAGAAAUAUCAUAUAAGAAAGGAGAAAUAUUGGAUAUUUCCGCCAUGAAAAAUAUAAGUUGUGCCAUUCACAAGGAUAAAAAUAUUUACGUAUGGGGAUACUAUAGCGGUCAGAAAAUUAACUCAUUUAUCCCCGAAUACACAAUUUUAUUCGAUUUGUCCACCGCGCUGAGUGCUAGGCCACCAACAACUGUGAAAAAAGUUGCAAAUGAACAGUGCCAAAUAUUGCAAGAUUUAAGAGAUGCGUUUGAUAAUCAUAACAAUAGUGAUCUUAUAUUAAAAAUUUCGGAGCAAUUUAAUACUAUUUAUACUAUUCACACUCAUAAGAUCAUAUUAGAAAUGGGUUCUCCAAAUUUUGUAAACACCGUGUUAAAAAGUAGGAUCUACGUUGAUGAAAAUGGAAAUAAUUCUGUCCUUCUUAAUAAAUAUACGUAUAACGAAUAUUACGCUUUUGUGAAAUAUUUAUAUACCGGCGUGAUCGAUCUAGAACUGGAAAAAAUAUUUGAAAUUCUGAAAUUGGCUAAUGAUUUCCACGACGAAAACUUCAGGAAGAAUUGCCACCAGGCCAUAAAAAAACAGAUAAGUACGAAAACAGUAAUCGAUGUUUACAGGACAGCAAGAAAAUAUAACGAAACGACGGUGGAAGACUUCUGUUUCGAAUUCUACGCGAACAUGUCGGACGUGCAACAAAUGAUUGCGUAUAAAUUUAUGGAUCCUCAAACGAGAGCAAUUUUUAUGACUAAAGUGAAUAAAAUAAAAAUGCGUCGUAAAAAUAUGCGAUUAAUUUCAACGCGUGUUUGAAGAGUAAUACAUUACGAUAUAAACAUUUACAUAGGAGGAAUAUUAAAGUUUGAUUAUAUUUCUAUCAAAAUGCAUUUUACGCAUAACACUUUGCAGCUUAGUAAUGUUCUCGCAAACAAGACGAUAUUGAAUAAUGACAUAAUAUUAAUCAAAUUUAAAUGACAUGAUGUUUUUGACAUCUUUUAAUAGUUGUUUUUUUUAUCGCAACUUUUCUAAAAUUUUAUUUUUUUGUAAUCGUCAGCCAGUUUCAAUUAAAAUCUAAAUCUUUACAAUUAUAAGGCAAAAGAAAUUUUUAUUCCUAUAAAUAAAAAAUUUAUUAGAAUUUGUAGUUUAUUGACUUUGCAAUAACAAAAUGUACGUAUAUUAAACAUUUUAAUGUUUCCUUUAAUAUGGAUAUUUGAAAAUUAAUUUGUAACUUAAUCUAUAAUUUAAUAAAUUUAUAAGAUAGACUAUAGAGGAAAGAUUUAUUUCAAUA